GAGAGAGCGAGAGAGGGAGAGAGGGAGAGAGGGAAAUCUAGCGCGCGGACCUGUGACGUGAAAAGUGAGCGCCGCCAUAGCGGUGCCUGUGUGAGAGCGUGAGAGAGACACAGACAGACAGGGGAGAGAGACAGCACGAAAGGUACCCGGGGGGCCACACAUGGGGUGACCAUGCGGUUGGUGCUGAGGCCCAGAGAGGGUCUGGGGAGAGACAGGCAUAGCCAGGAGACAGCCAUAGAGAGACAGGCAUGGCCAGGAGACAGCCAUGGAGAGACAGGCAUGGAGAGACAGGCAUAGAGAGACAGGCAUGGCCAGGAGACAGCCAUGGAGAGACAGCCAUGGAGAGACAGGAGACAGGUGUCACCCGCAGGGGGUAAAUCUACCGUCACUGGGUACUGAGAGGGGCACAUGGAGACCCCAUGCAGGGGGAGGGGGGAGCAGGGACUAAGGACCUGGGUUACCAGAGACAGUAAAUAUUCCUAGAGAUGGACCAGUACUCCCUGCUCAUGGGCAGCACAGGAAAAGGGCUCCCCCUGUACAGUAUGGAGAACUCAUAUGCUGCCCAUCAGUAAACAUCAGUGUGUGAGGGAAAACAUGGGUCUGGCAAUUCUGAAGAGAAGGUGUGAGGGAUAAAGUGGGUUUCAGGGUCUACUAGGAAGGAGGUGGGAAUAAUGCUGCUGACAGGUUUCACCAUAUAUAAGUAUGUAGGAAGUGUCAUACAUGAAAGCACUUUGUCUUGCCGCCAAGUUGUAUGUAAUCAACUUUUGCCAUGGUAUUUAUAGACAGGGCAUUGCAUGAAAUGUAGCUCACCAACAUUACUCUCUUUCCUCUUGUUGUACAGAAUACCAGUGGUAUCUAACCAGGUUUAUAGGCCGGUUAGCCGUUAUAAGUAACACAAAGAAAACAAGUGUCUAUGAGCUAUAUUGCCUAUGAUGUUCAGCCAGCUUCUAAAGGUAGCUGAACAUCAUUCUACUUCACAAACAUCAGGGGUUGCCAAGGUAAGCUAUUACUAUUGUAAAAUAAAGACAAAUAGUAAGGUAGACCAACAAUCAUGGUUUGUGUGUAGAACUUGGUAAGUGAGCUAGCAAAAUAAUACAGUGUGAGCAAAGUAUAAACAAGCCAAUUGUCUGUCCUAAAUUCAGCAUUUGGACAGUAAAUUGUUACAUGUUACAAAUUCAAGAUAGUUGGUGGGUAGAUACAAGUUUUAUUCAAUACUGAAUGUUGUGUGGAUUUUGGUUUAAUCUAGCCCUAUAUCAUUGAUGUUACCUGUAUUUAAAUAUACAAACUGGAGGUCAAAGAAAUCUACCUCAGUGUGGGUCACUUUAGAUCUCCUUCACUUACCAUUUUUCCCAGACAUUGUAGAUGAAUGGUUUUAAAGCACUGUGUAAUAUGUUGGCGCUAUAUAAAUGCUAAUGAUAGUAAUACGCAGUACAAUCUAACCUGUGCAAGUCAGUUGUGUCCUCCUGGUUGAGUUUUCCCAUUGUGACCCUUGGUGAUUGAGAGGCCAUGCAUGACCACUAUUGUUACAAGUAGUGUUUGGCUGACAUCACCAAAAUUCAUGUGGCAACCAAUAUGUCAUGGAUACAGUAAUUAAGGAUAUAAGAGUGGUAGAACUAAUGUGAUUGUACAGGGAGAGAGUAAAAUAUGCCCAACCCUGUAAAUGCUGUAAAUGAUCACUGUUAGUGAGUGAGGUCUGUAUUAUUAGUUUACAUUUAAAAAAAAAAAAAAAAAUGUAUGUAGUUUUUGUAUCUAUUUGUAAUCAUGCAGUUGAAAUACGUGAUCUUUCAAUAACAAUAAAUCGGACCGUUAGAAUGUUGCCACUUGCUACUGGUCUAAUCUCAUUUUGUAUGAAUACUAGAUUGCCAUAGACUGUGCUUUGAGACUUUCUUUUGAAUUUGACAUUUUCUCCAGCCAGCAGAGGGCAGGCUCUUAUGUUCCAAUGCUGAAUUAUACAUUUUGAUAAAUAAUUAAAAGGACAUACUAGUCUGCUUAACCACUACAUGCUGAUGUAGUUGUUAUGGUGAUAUUAGACUGUGGAUGCAUUUCCCCAGUUCCUGGUCAUACUAUUUUAGAGCGGUUUGACAAACCUGACACCCAUGGCCCAGCCCCCUGCCAUCAGUUGCCAAUGUGAAAAUUCUACUUCUAUAUUAGUGAUAUUAACAUCAUCCAUGUUUUAAAGCCAUUCAUUGACUGAAUUGCUCAGUUUAUGCACUCAGCAAAAAGGAGCCUUAAAUUAAACAUAGGUGAAAUUGAUAUUGCUAGUGUGGGAGUGUAGCUUCCAGUACCAUGAAUGCCUCAGGGAUCACUGGUUUUGGUCUAAACAGUGGAAAACUGUUUGGCAUGUAAUUGUUAUGGUGCCUGGACUGCUUCUGUAAAUACAUAGAAUGCAUGUCAUUUUAAACAUAACAUAUAAACCAUUAAAUCAAAACCUGGUUUGGGAUAAAGGAUAUUACAGCAUCACUGUGACUUGUGAAAAUCAAAACUUUUGAAAUGUAUUCACAAAACUGUAUAUUAUGGAGAGUUGACAAGGCCAAAAUAACCUCAUAUGGAAAAAUUGUUGUGAAUGCUUGCAGUUUUGCUAUUUUUACCUAAAAAGUGCUGGCGUACAAGCUCAUUUUGUGAAUGGGACCAGUGACCAAAACUUUAGGAUUAGCCAUCAUACAGUCGAUGAAUAUGGCUACAAAAACUUUCUUUGUACAUCGUUAUGUUUCCAUUACUGUUUUCAUUGCAUUCCAAACCUCCAGGAAAUUCUAAUGCCCAAAUUUUUAAGAAGACACACUGUAUAUUUUAGGGUGUUUUCACUAAACCAGAUAUUGAAGAGAACAGCCAAGAUCAUUCCAAUUGUAAGUCAAAAGUAACUUUAAAAAAACAAAAAAAAAUCUCCAACUCUUGGCUUCUUUUGUCAGCUGGACUGUUGUCUGGUUAGUGUAGAUACCAUAUCAUGGUUACAUAUUGGCUGUGCUAACCACAAUUCAAUGGUUACAAAACCAAAUGGGCAAUACCACUGUCCUAUUUAACAGAUUAAAUGUAAACAUGUUAACGGUGUGCUAGUGUGUUUGGAGACGGGGUUGAAUAUCCCCACAUGCAUUCUGCAAGUCUUGCAGAACCAGUGUUAAAAUAUAACAUGUUCAUGCUAUAAGCCCUGUCUAUACAUAGCACAAGUCAAAAGUUUGAGUGCUCCUGCCUGGAUUCAAAUUUCUCAUGGUCCGUCUGAAUUCAACCCUUGCCUGUGAUCAUUCACUAUUUAGUUAUAUGAUACACAAAAUCACUUAACUAACUGGUUACACAGAGUAGGUGGAAUUCAAUGUGAAACCCAUAUCUGCUAAGGAACAGUUAGUGGACCAUAACAAUUUCAUCUUAAUUAAGUUGUGAUGCUAGGAACUCCCUGAGUGCCAGUUUACCUCAAGGGUUUAAACGGUUAAAGAAUGGUUUAACCCCCAAAGUGUUGAAUUUGGCACCCAAUUGUUCUGCCUAUCAGUAGUUCCUCAUUCACAAAAUGGUUUGGCAAAAAUAAGUACAUUUCUGAAGCAAUUUUGUGAAUGGGGAGUGACUGAGAGAGUGUCCGCUGAUUCCAGCCUUGGACUGUGGUGGAUUUAGGUGAGAAAAAUGAUCAGGUGUCUGGUUCACAGAUUUGCUAUUAAACUGUCCAUUAGCGGUUUAGUCCCUUGUAGUGAGCCAGCGCCUGUAGAACUCCUGGCAUUAUAACAUUAUCCUGCCUCUCUUUAAAGGUCUGAAAUGUGUAUAAAUCUGUUAUACCAGCUUAAAGGGACACUGCAAGCACCAUAAUUGCUAUAGGUUAAAUUAGUGGUUAUGGUGGAUAGAAGAAACGUGUAUGUGAAGUAUCAUAGGUUUUUGUUAAAUCUAGUGGGUUGACCAAAUGAGUUAAGGUAUGCUCUAUAUACCAAAAGCCCACCCUUUAGUUUGCAAUGUCGUAAUGAAUGAUUCUCAUUUCCUCAUUAUUUGUACAAGUGUAUGUACAACGUUGUCACGUGCUGUGCAUUGAGUACCCAAGAGAGCUGGUGUAUAUGAUUCUUGGCUUCAUUGAAUUGAUGCAGCCCUCCGGUUGUCGAAUUGUCUGCACAAGAUAGACUGUCAAGGUAAUCGCAAAUUGGUCCCCCAGUUGUUGAUUACCUACAUCUCUCAGAACUCUUUGAAUGCAGUAGAUGACCAGAGAAUCAUGGGAAUUGUAGUUCAGCGACAUCUCUGGAGCUGGAGUUUGAGGUGCCUGCUCCAGAUUGACAAUUUGUAUUACCCUUAAUCAAGUGCAGUGUAAAUUGCUGGACUUAUAUCCAUGACAACUGUGAGACUUCUGUGUAUUUUACUUUUUUAAUGCUUUAUUAAAAACACAGAAGGUUUUUCAGUUGGAGAAUGUGUAUAUUUUUAAAGUUAUUUUACCAUACUCUCUAUUUGAGUUUGUGUUCUUUUACACAAAAUAAGUUCUUGCGUGUGCCCUAGGCUUUAUCUUGUGUUUAGCUGGCAGUGUUACACAAUCAUUAUUUCUUCCUAGCAGGUGGCCUCACACUUUCGAUUUCCAUGUGCUUCUACUCUUUCUGGUACUUUGUCUCCCUCUCGAGGUUAUAUGUGGUAAAACAUACAACCAGUUUUGCAAUCAAUUUCAGUGAGCCUGUUGUCUAUUCUUAAACAUAAGUUACAUUUUAUGAAUGUUGUUUGCGUAACACAAAUUUAAUUUUUUUUCACUAUCUUGCAAUGGAGCUUCAUUGAUUUUUCAGGAUAUUCCUCUCCUUCUCAAUGGUUUCAUAGUCCCCAUUAGCCUGCCUUUGUGGGCUGCCUGAAAUCUCUUUUUAGUCUUGCCUCUCUUUGGGUAAAGCCUUAGAUGCUUCUUUGCCUACUUAUCAGUCCAUUAGGUCCCCAAUGUUCUUCUAUGAGAAGCAUUGGAUUGGACCAUGUCAUAGGAGGCCAUGCUUCCUCCAUGUUGGCACAGAAGGAAAGGUAAGCCGCACUGAGGUAGCAUCAGUGCUGGAAAGAGGUGAACGGUAAUGGGGUCACCUGUAUAGAUUUAAGAACAGGUUUGUAUUCCUAAUCAUAUAGUGUUCGUUUAAAUGUUUUCCUGCUUUGUGUGUGUAACAAAGUAUAUUAAAAAUUUAUUUUAUUUUUUUGCCAGUGGUGUUGCAAUAAAGUACAAACUGACUAUUAUUUAUUUAUUUAGACAUGGCUUCCAGUGGAACCCAUGUGGACUCAAAGUCCGAGUUGACGGCCUUGUUGGAGCAAUGGGAAAGUGGACAUGGCACCGGGAAUGACAUGGUUUCCAUCUUAACCAGGUGAGGGUUUAUACUAAUCUUUCUGCUCUGCUGAAAUCUGUAUAUUGAUGUAAUUUGCAGAUAGUGGUCAUGUGGUGUGUGUGUGUGUGUGUGUGUACCUUGCCACUUCGCAUUGUGUAAGGUGCACUCUGCCUAUCAGAAGCACAGUUAUGCUCUCAGAAUAUUGUGCAAAUACGGAUGCCAAACACAGGUAAGUUUUUCUAGCUUUGGGUGCCAACUCCCAUCACCCUUAACCCUGCAAGUGUAAUUAUUGCAGUUUUUAUAGAGACAAACUGAAAAAAUGGAAGCUAAAAGAACGCUCAUAUGUGGGGUUAACCCAAAAACUGUAUAAAUAGAGAGAAGAAAAGGGAUGAGUGUUCUAAGGGAAUAUUAAAAUUUAACCUUUAAUAAUAAUAAUAAUAAUAGUAGUAGUAGUAGUAGUAGUAGUAUCAUCAUCAUCUUGUGUAAAUGUCCAUAAUUGAGGUAAUACUCAAUAACAGAUUGGAGUGUACGUACACCUUAAUAAGUGAUAAUCAAAAAAUGAGAAAAUAUGUAAAGAUAUCCUAUAAUGAGAAAUAAAUAAUACAAGGAUAACUAGGUUCUAUUUAAGAACAAGAAAGGAAAAAAUAGAGGUGGACUAAGUCCACAUCACUAAUUCCGAAGAAGGGUUACAGAGAUAUCAAGGGGCAUAACCCCACGAAAUAAUUUAAAAGGAUAAAAACGUGAAGAAAACACGUGAAGUAAAAAGUGGGUAGAUGUAGUUUGGAUAUCCUCAGUAUGUACUGGGGUAAUUUGGAUAGCUUCACUGAGAACACUAAUAACCAGUACAAUAUAGUACCGUAUAUGUUCAGUCACAUAUCACAAAAUUACUCCCCCUAAAGUCUACAGGGAUCUAGAAAUCCCAGCUAUGUAGAGGUACAUCCACAGAAAAUGGGAAAAAACUACAACUUUUUACUUCACGUGUUUUCUUCACGAGUGUUUCACUAUUACUUUAUUAUCAUUUAUUGUUUUCUGCUUUGCAUUAGUCGGCUUAAUAAAGGUUAUACCUAACAAUUAUUGUAAUAAUCUAGAGAUAUCAUUUGGUGAAGUGGAUGUCCAAAUUUCUCCAUCUUUAGUGGAACAACCACUUCACUUUAGUCUUAUCCUUUUAGGUUCUAUUUAAGGUAUACUGAUACCUAAAUAUACACAGAUACAGUUAACUGAUAUAUAUUAUAUGUGUGUGUGUGUGUGUAUAUAUAUAUAUAUAUAUAUAUAUAUAUACACACUAUAUGUAUGUAUGUAUAUGUAUAUGUAUGUAUAUGUAUGUGUGUGUGUGUAUAUAUAUAUAUAUAUAUAUAUAUAUAUAUAUAUAUAUAUAUAUAUAUAUAUAUAUAUAUAUAUAUAUAUAUAUAUAUAUAUAUAUAUAUAUAUAUCUCUAUGUGUGUGUGUGUGUGGUUCUGUCGAAAAGAUGAGACCUUGGCCGCUGAAAAAAACUAAAGAAAUAAAUGAAAAGAAACUAAGAUAUGUACAUAAUAAAAGGAAAAAUCUGAGAUCUUUAUAAAUGUAGUAAGCAAUAACUAAGUUUGCAAUAAACGGAGCAUAAGUCCAAAUAAGAAACUAUCCGAGAAUAAAAAAAAAAAAAAGGAACUAAGGUAUGUACAAAGUGAAAGGAAGGUUCUGAUUGAAUGUACUCUGAAGCUUUCACUAAAAAUAGUAAUCACGUUUUAUUAUCCACGAAGCCUGAGUCCAAAUGAAAAUUGGCUGUCUGUGAAUCAAUAAUGUUCAAUGUAAAAAGUAACGGAUAUUAGUCCUAGGCAUAAACAGGUCCUGUUCAAAAGUUUUCAUGGGCCUGAAUAUAAAUAUGUGUGCGAAAUGAAACGUUAACGAGGAGCGCAGCAAAACACAGUGCUGUGCCAUGCAGCAUCUCCUUGUAGAGUUUGUUUGAAUCUGUGCAUCACUAUGGGGAAUGUUUAGCUUCUCCAUGCAGAGCGUGGAGAUGCUGAAUGCCAGUGCUGCACACUGUGCAGUACUUCACUAGGAAGCACCUUGGUGGCUGUCUAAGUGACUGUCACAAGAGGUGUUACUAGCCAGCAAUAUAAACACUGCCUUUUCUCUGAAGCCGCAGCAGUAGUCACAGAAUUGUUUGCUGUUUGCAUGUUGGAGCCUGGGAUAAAGGGAAGAGAGAUGCACCUCCAGUGCUGCCAUCUUCUGGUUGACUCUUUCUUUUGCUUCUGUCAGAUCCAUACGACAAUGUAGUACACUUAGAUAUGUUUGUAUUGGAUUGCAUUGGAAUAUUGGUGAAAUUCAGUGAAAUUCCAAUUGGAUUCUAUUUUUCUAAAAAAACUUAAACAUGGACAGUGCAACUUUGCAAGAAAACAAAAAACGGUGAAUUGCUUUUAUAUGCAGUUACUCUGUAUAGUACGUGUAAAGAACUUUGUUUUUAGGUAUCUUGACAAACAGGCUUUUUUUUCUGCUUCUUAAUGCAGAAUGUCAGAGCUGAUUGAAAAGGAAACAGAGGAAUAUCGAAAGGGGGAUCCUGAUCCCUUUGAUGACCGCCAUCCAGGUAAGGCAGUCAGAAAUAAAUAGUUGUUCUGUAUUAUUAGAGGAGUACAUAUGUAUAUUGAAGUCUGUUUUCUUUCAGGUCGUGCAAACCCAGAGUGUAUGCUUGGACAUCUCCUGCGUAUUCUGUUUAAGAAUGAUGACUUUAUGAAUGCGGUAUGUUUAGCCCUACAUCAUGUCUUUAUUCAUAUAGGUGGGUGUGGAGAGAGGAAGCACAUUGACUCUGGAACGAGGGGAAUCUAGUUACCUCUCUUUCCUGACCCAUGGUGGCAGUACAAUAGGGAUGUACUCUUCCCAUGGGGCAAGCAUCUGAAAUUAAAAAUUAACAUAAACAUUCCAGCCCAACAGGUAUAAGACUCCAACCUGCCAUGGACCCUCAGUUCUUUUUCUUGUUCUAUCAGGCACGGACGGCAUCUGGACUUUGUGAUGAGGCACAUGGGUUGCUGCCGGGGGGAUCCGGCCUAAUAGCCUCCCAGGCGGAGAGCUGAGUGGCCUGUGUGCAUCCUGCAGGACUUACGGAGCAGGUAUGUUUCACUUUCUUUAUGCCGAGUGUGGUCACUGGCAAAACGGAUGAGAUCUUCUUCUAGAUCAGAGCUGUCCUCGGGCGAAUGUUUUGUGUCUUCCUAUUCAGAAACUUCCAGCGAUUUGAUUUUAAGAAGAAGAAUUAAGAAAAUGUAUUCAUGAAAUUAAUGUUGCCUUCUCUGAAGAAACAUCAGAUAAAGCAAGUAAGAAACCCUUUCCUGCUCCACAGCAGAUUCUGGAACUUAUGUACAGAGAGUGGAAAAACCCUGAAAAAAGUGCGUUAAUUUCCAGGCAUUUCAAGAACAUUAUAAAGCUGCAAGGAGAAGACAAGUGGGAAGACUUGCCAGUCAUUGAUGUACAAGUUGCUCAGUUGUCUAAAAAGACUACUAUACCGAUUGGAGAAGUCUCUGGACUUAAAGACUCUGUGGAUAAAAGGGCUGAAACGUCCAGCAGACGAGCAUAUCAAGCAGCAGGAUUUCAGGCUAAAGCGGCAUUGACAGGAGCUUCAGUGGCUAAAGCUCAGUAUUAUUGGAUUCAGGGAUUCGAAUAUAGCCUGAUAACCAGGACAAAGAUCUCUCUUGCCUGUUCCACAAUUUAAAGUUAUCUAAUGAAUAUCUGCUAGAUGUUAUCACAGAGGUGAUUAAACUUUCUGCUUGUCAUUGGCCUGAUAUCUGUAACCCACAGUGCACUUUGGCUUAAAGCAUGGAUGGCUGAUACGGCCUCAAAAUCUGCAUUUUGUGAACUGUCCUUGGAGAGGAAGAAAUUAUUUGGUUCUCCUUUGGAAGAAUUAAUCCGACAGAUGUCGGAACCCAAAAAAAGCUCUCCCUCAGGACAGGAAGUAUGCCUGGAAGCCCAGAUACAAGAACUUUCAAUACAACCGCAGGGGGUAUCAAGAAAAACCCAGUUUUUUUUUUUCCUCAACAAAGGAAAGAUUCUAAGUUUGACCCAAAUAAAGACUUCAAGACUGACAGACCAAAAAGAUUCUGACGCCAUAAGAAUAGGCAGACAGAUACAGUUUGCUCACAGAUGGAGAGACCACUGCAAAUCCAUGGAAUUUGAAUCUAGUUGCAAGAGAAUACAAAAUAAAGUUCUUAGAUUUACCAAGACAAGCUCUAUUCUCCGCUACAGUUACUGUUUAAAAGAAAGGUGUUCUAGAAAGAGUUCCAAGAACCCAGCUGUAUCAGGGUGUAUACUCUCGGUUGUUCCUGGUCCCAAAACCAGAUUUGUCCUGUUGUCCCAUUUUGGAUCUAAAAGAAUUAAACAACAAUAUUCCUUACCAACAUUUAAGAAUGGAAACCAUUGCAUCAGUCACUCAUCAUCAAAAAAGGAGAUUUUGUGGCAACUUUAGAUUUGAAAGAUCACUACCUUCACAUUCUUAUGGAUGUUAGCUCAAGAAAAUACCUGCUAUUUGCCAUAAUAAAGGGUCACAAGGUUCAGCACUUUCAAUUCAAAGCCCUUCCAUUCGGUCUUGCCUCAGCUCCCAGGAUUUUUACAAAGGUUCUCAUGCCUAUUGCAUCCUUCUUAAGGGUACAAGGUAUCAUGGUUACUUAGAUGACUAGUUCGUAAAGGCAAAGUCAAGAGACGCUCUAGAGAUGAAUGUGGCUUACACCCAAAAAAUCAUGGAAGAUCAUGGUUGGGUGAUAAACCGAGGAAAAUCUCAUCUGCAUCUCACAAGGUCAGUUCAGUUUCUAGGGUUUUUACUCACGUCAGACACUCUUGCUAUUCACUUACCGGCGGGGAAAAAAAGAUAAAGAAGCUGACAAAAGAACUUCAGAGAGAGCCAAAAUGCUCUGUGAGGAAUGCUAUGCAUGUGUUGGGACACCUCACUUCCACUAUCCCAGCAGUAAAAUGUCUACGGUGUCUUAUCUGAACAAACAAGGGGGUACAAGGAUAAGAAAAUUGCACUCCCUUUGCACGAGAAUUAUGUCCUGGGCUCAAAGUCCUCUAGAAGACCUUUCCGCUACUCAUGUAAGAGGAAUAGACAACGUUAUUACAGACGACUUAAGCAGAACGAGUGGUCUCUAACUCAUUGUCGUUUUUUCUCAGCUGGUGAAGAUAUUCGGAUUGCCUGUCAUCGAUCUAAUGGCAAGAAGGUCAAAUGCAAAGGUGAAAACAUUUGCCUCACCAUUCAUGGCAGACAUGCCUCUGGUUCUGGAUGGGCUGUCAAUCAAAUGGAACUUCAGCCUGUCAUACAUAUUCCCCCCGGUGAGCCUAAUUCCAAGGAUAUUGAAAAAGAUGAAAUCAGAACAUGCAAAAGUAUUGGCUAUAAUCCUGUACUGGCAAAAUCGGAGCUGGUUCUCAGUUUUAAUGACUGGUUUUGAGGUACUGGGAACAUGCGGUUUCAACAGAGAUCCUGGAGAACAAAGGUAUUCCACUGGAGGUACUGAAAAUGUUCAGGUGGACGGCUUGGCUGCUGCAAGGCUAAUCCUGCAUAGCAGGGGCAUUAAGAAGGAGAGAUUCAAGUUUCUGCUGAAUUCCACCAGAAGAUCUACCUCUAUCUAAUAUUUGGACGAAAUUUCUUUAUUGGUGCAUAUCUCAUCAUUGCCUGCAAGAUUAUCCUUCUACUGACACUAUCUACCAUUUUCUACAGGACAGCCUUAAAAGGGGGUCUUAAUUUAUCUACCCUCAAGGUUCAAGUUUUUGCUCUCAUCCAUUUAUUGGUAAAGAUUUUUUUUAAGGCUGUCAGGAAGAGUGUUUUUUUUUCCCUCUUGGGAUCUGUCUUUGGUUUUGAAGGCUCUUUGUACCCAUCCUUUCGAACUUUUGGAGGAAACAUCUUUAACCCCUUAGUGACUAGACCGUUUUUCAAUUUUCUAACCGUUAAGGACCAGGGCUCUUUUUACAUUUCUGUGGUAUUUGUGUUUAGCUGUAGUUUUCCUCUUGCUCAUUUACUGUACCGACACACAUUAUAUACCGUUUUUCUCGCCAUUAAAUGGUCUUUCUAAAGAUACCAUUAUUUUCAUCAUAUAAUUUACUAUAAAAAAAUUAUAAACUAUGCUGAAAUUUUUUUUUAAAUACACUUUUUUUGAACUUGGACUCUCAAAAUCUGUUACGCAUCUACAACCGCCAAAAAACAGCCGUGCUAAAUAGUUUCUAAAUUUUGUCCUGAGUUUUGAAAUGCCCAAUGUUAACAUGUUCUUAGCUUUUUUUGGAAAGUUAUAGGGCUAUAAGUACACCACUUUGCUAUUUCCAAACCAUUUUUUCCCCCCAAAAUUAAAGCAAGUUACAUUGUAACACUGAUAUCGGUCAGGAAUCCCUGAAUAACCCUACACAUGUAUAUAUUUUUUUAAAAGACAGCCUAAGGUAUUAAACUUGGGGUAUUUUGGGAGUUGUGCUGCGUUGGUUUGGUUUAGUUUGUGCUGUCUCGGUCCUUUAUGGUCGGGCCUCUUUUUGGAUGGCUUGUUUCCUUUUCAUUGGGUCUGUGUGUGGCCAUGUUUUAGGGUCAUGUACGGGUUGUGGUACUCUUUUCUUGUGGUGAGGUGGGGGUCGUCAGGUUGGCGUCUUAAGUGGGACUGUUCCUGUCGUGUGGUGCUUGGUUUGGAGCAGUUGCGGUCAGUUUCGGGUGAUUUGUGUCCCAGAGUUCCCAGGUCCGGUGGAACGCUUUGUAUGAGUCAUGUAUCUGUGCGGUCAGUUCGUCCAGGUCGCGUGUUUCUUUAACCCCUUAAGGACACAUGACUUAAGGGGUUAAUCUUGAUGAUGAUGGUUGAUAGUUCGGGGAUCCGUUGGUCUGCCCAUAAUUCUGCUGUUGCUCUUCGUGUUGCUAGGGUUAUGCGGGCCAUUAGCUAGUUUUCGUUUCUCGUAAGGGUGUCCAUAGGUUUGGUGAGUAGCAUUGUCCACUGUUGAGCUGUGAUGGGUUUUUCGAUAACUUGUUCUGAGUUCUCGUACUUCGGUCCAGAGUGGUUUGAGUUUGGGGCAGUUCCACCAGCAGUGUAGGUAGGUGCCCGUUUCGCCGCAUUGUUUCCAGCAUUGGUCGUUGGGUUUUUGGCCCAUUUUAUGAAGUCUGUGUGGUGUCAGGUACCAGCGGAACAGGGUUUUGUAGGCCUGUUCUUUGUAUUCAUGCAAUCAUUUUACCACCAAUCUAUGCCAAAAAAUAAAUAAAAAUUGGUUAUUUUUUUUUUUUUUUUUUAAAAACACAUAGCAAUUUAAGAAUACAUGUACGGAGAACUUUAAGGGUUACUGCCAAAGAACACCCUAAUAUGUGUUCAGCAACAUCUCCCGAGUACAGUGAUACCACCUAUGUAUAGGCGUGUCUGGUCCUCUGGGGGCUAAAAGACCUUAUUUGGAGGGUGCACAUUCCAGUUUUCUAACUUGGAAUUCUCUCAGCUGGUCAUCAUGCACCCAUGUCCUAUUUGGGACAUUUUUGAAGCCAGCCAAUGUAAUUUACCCCAUUAAACCAUAUAUUUUUAAAAAGUAGUUUUUUUGGGGGUUUUUUUUCUCUACCAUUGUACUUUAGGCAUGUAUUCUCAGUUCCUGUUAUGUGUUACUGACAAAGAAGCCCCAAUCUGUGUUCAGGAGCAUCUCCCAAGUGCAACAGUGCCCCCAAUGUACAGGUUUUAUGGGCAUUUGUAAGCUUACAGGGGUCAAAUGUAGGGCUUUCCUCUUUUCCAUGUUUGCACAUUGAAAUUUGACAGAUUGGUUUGCUGGGCCUAUGUUGCCUUUCAGACCAUAUAGCAACCCAGGAAUGAAAAUUAACCCCAUCAUGGCGUACCAUUUGUAAAAGUAGACAAACCAGGUUAUUCAAAAUGGGGUAUGUCCAGUCUUUUGUAGAAGCCACUUAGUCACGGUUUUCUUAGUUUUUUUUUUUUAGUUUUUUUUUUUUUUACAUAAAAACUGCACUUUUACUGGUGAUUUCAUCUUCGGAGUAUGUUUUACUGAUUUAUAAUACUCAUAUUUGUGUUCAACCAAGUCUCCCGAAUAUAGCAAUACCCCCCAUGUACAGGUUUUAUGGUGUUUUUGUGUGAUUCAGUUUGCCAGAUUGGUUUGCUGGGCCUGUGUUGCAUUUUGAGACCAUAUGGUAGCCCAGGAAUGUGAAAUAACACCAUCACACACACACACACACUACUAUGUAUGGGGGGGUGGCGAUCACUCGGGUCUCCGGCAGCGUAGGGGGGUAUUACACGAUGCCCCGAUAUCGAGGCAUCAUGUAAUACCAUAAGAGCAGCUGGAAGAGAUCAUGAUCGUGAUCAGGUACGUCCGCGGUCCUUAAGGACCGUUUUUCGUCGGACCUACCUGUUACGUCUGCGGUCCUUAAGGGUUAAAGCUCUUGCCUCUAAAAGCAGCUUGUUUGGUGGCCAUAACUUCUGCUAAGAGGAUAGGUGAAAUUCAGGCUUUUUCAUAAUCUGCAGAAUUUACAAAAAUUCUUCCAGAAAAAGUUGUUCUGUGUCUGAAACUUAAAAAAAAUAGUCGAAAAAACUCAGUCAUUUCUUCCAAGGCUAUCAAUCAACCUAUUUCCCUGCCUUCCUUUGGUUAUCCAUCUGUCUCGGAUUUGGAUGAUAAUUGGCACAAGUUGGAUGUCUGAAGAUCUACUUAGACCGCUCCUCUACAUACAGGAAGACUAACCAUUUUUUUGUUAAUUUUUUUGGAAAACUUAAAGGUCAUGUUGCCUCCAAAUCUACUUUAGCAAGAUGGCUAGUGGACACGAUUAAGUUGGCUUAUUCUUCCUCAAAUCUGCCUCUACCUGCCUCCUUGAAAGCUCAUUCUACCAGAGCAACGGCUGCUUCUUGGGCCGAAAGAGCAUAUGCUUCACCUGAUGCUAUCUGCAGAGCUGCUACAUGGUUUUCAUUCAACACUUUCAUCAAGCAUUACAGACUAGACUUAUUCUCUGCCUCUGACGCUGCUUUUGGGCAUAAGGUGUUACAGGUGGUGGUUGCUUAAUUCCCGCCCCUAGCUCUGUGUUCUCAAUAUAUACCUAUUGUACUGCCACUAUAUGUCAGGAAAAAACGCAAUUUUACUGACCAUCAAUUCCUUUUUCCUUAAUAUGAUGGCAGUAUAUCACUCCCUCCCUUUAUUAAUAAAUUUGAUAUUUUUGCAGUAGUAUGUCUCUGUUAUAUUGGGACGUACUGAGGUCCAUGGCAGGUUGGUGUCUUAUACAUUUUUUGGGGGGGGAGGAACGUUUGUUAAUUUUUAAUUUCAGAUGCUUUUCCCAUGGGAAGAGUACAUCCCUAUUGUACUUCCACCAUAUUAAGGAUAAAGGUAUUUACGGUGAGUAAAAUUGCAGUUUUCUCUCAGUUUUUGUAAUUUGUUUUAUGACUUCUCUUCUGAUUAGCUGGUGAAUGCGUACGUAAUGACAAGCAGAGAGCCUCCUUUAAACACAGCAGCUUGCCGCCUUCUGCUGGACAUUAUGCCUGGAUUGGAGACAGCCGUUGUUUUUCAGGAAAAGGUGAGAGCCUAAAUAAUUUGUACCAGAUUGUAUGAGAUUAAAGGGACACUUCAGGCUAGACAUAACACCAACACCUCUCCAUCCCUCCCAUUUCCUGCCCUUUCUCCUUCUAUGAUGUUUGUUGAUCAACCUUACAUCUUCUCUCUUUCUCCUCUUCAUGUUGUCCUUACAGCUCCAGUCUAUAGCACAUCAUCCAUGGAUCUCCUAUACAGCAUCAGCUUAGCAAAACUGCCUCCUUACAGCACACACUUACUAUUCAUGCAGAAUCAUACUCAAACCACACAUUGCCAAAUUUUCUUCUUUACACCUGGGAACUUUUUAGAUCCCUGUGCUUUUAUCUCCUGCUAUGGGGACAGGAAGAGAAAUCCUGUGCAAAAAGAGGAGGAAGCAACCACAACAUUUGUCUAGGUGGCUCUGAAGGUGGCAAGACCCAUUGAAAAACAGGUUUUCCUUCUUGGAAAUCUGAGUUGGGUACAGAGCUACCCUUCAUGACUACCAAACGUAGCAGAGCUGUUCUUGCAUGUGAAGCCCAGCUUACAAAUCUGGAAAUUCCAGGUGUAAUCCAGAAACUUUCUAACUAUGUACACAUAUCACCGCUAUGUCAUCCACACGGCAGCAAUCAGCCACACAUAACCCAUAUAUAACACACAAACUAAACAGCAUCUGCUAACUCGGAUCUUUACUACCACUGCUUACCAUUUACAUGUCAACAGGAAGGAAUUGUGGAGAAUCUUUUCAAAUGGGCUCGGGAAACAGAGCAGCCGCUCCGUACGUAUGCUAUCGGAUUACUAGGAGGAGCCAUGGAGAACCAGGAUAUAGCAGCCAAUUAUCGGGAUGAGAAUUCACAGAUGGUGAGUUGUAACUGCAAAUACUUGUAUGAUAUUUAAAUGAUGUCCAUAAUAAAGUGUAAAAAUAGGUUUAUCUUCCAUAAAAGAGCACUUGUAGAGAGUACUUUUUACAGCCAUAAGGUGCUUGUCAGUCUUGGUUUCAUGAUACACCUAAACUAUUUCUACCAGUGUAUUUUCCUUGCCGCUGUUCACCAGAUGUCAUUUGCAGCUGUUUGCAGGAAUUUGAAAAUGCCUCUAGUACAGCAGCAUAACAAAGCUCUUUUUUACACCAUCUGAAGUGUUUAAUGCCAUGGUACAUUUACUUUUUGUUUUGGGCGGAGCAGCUGAGUGAAAAGAACUAUUUAAGUAAUGAAGCUCUUAAAGAAAUAAAAACACUGUAUGAGGAAGGCAGAUUACACCUGGUUCGAUUUACCAGUUAAGCGUUCUAGAAAAUACAUGUUUGCUUGUUAUAUUACUAUUUAUUCAUUGUGAUUGGCACUAUUCUCAUGCAGUACUAUUAAAAGUCCUUAAUGUGGAGGAGGUGAUGGACCUGCCUGUGGAAUGUAGUCGCCCAAGAAACAAUCAAAAAGGGCAAAACAUCCAUUGUGUGUGUAUAUAUGUAAAGAUGCAAGUAUGUGACAUGUUCCUCAAGGUGAGAAGGCAGUAUACCACCUUUACCAUAAAGGGCCACACCAAAUUUUGGGCCUGAAGUAUUGGUAAUAGCCCAUCGUAAUGGCCCAUACCCAGGUAGUAGAAAAAACACCUGCUUAUGGUAUAGUGCUGGGGUUACCUCUAAUUGUCAGACCAGGACCCUAAGAGAAGUUGAUCUAGGUAUAUGUUACCAGUGCCAGUUGAAAGGUCUGGGGUAUGUAUCCUUUGAGAGCAAGUGCCAAAGGGUCUACAAUUUGAUUAGGUGAAAUGAGGUGGCUCCAACACUCAGACAUGUGUGUAAUAAGGCAGUCAACCAAGCCAACUAGAGUCCAAUAGGUACUGGUAAAUGCCUAAACCAUGUCAAUCAGUUUUUCGAGUUUACUGGCCUGGUAGAUUCCAACCGAGGCUGCUGUGGUGUCUGUGGAAGCGCCAAGGUGGGCAGUUGUACUAGGCAGAAAAUGGUGUCCUGUGGUGGACUGUCAGGAGUGCCCUUGGACCACAGUGCACUGUGUGCUUGCAUAUAAUCUUUGCAAAAAAUUCCUAAAAGAAAGUAUAGAAAUAUUUUGUGGUUUUUUUAGAUCAAAAUUUGUUUCGGGGGCAGAGCUAGCACCCGACGGCAACAGUCGCACUCUCCCUGAGCUCCGUCAAACGGGCAUGAAAAACGCCCAAAACCUGCUUUAAAAAAAACCCCAAUAUGCACCGGGACAGCACUACUAACGAUGGGGAGAAAAACUAAAAAAACUCCGUCCGGAUCGACCCAGAUUCUGCGCCGAAAUCGGCGACCUCCUGAGGGGGCCGCGGGGAGAGCUGACAUGGCAGCGGACCUGGGAGACUUCUCCGACGAUUCGGAUGACUAUUCCCUCCACAAUACAGAGGAACUGGGAGGACAAGAGAAGGUGGAAACACCUGAAGAUCAGGGGCCUAGCGGACAAUAUCACACAAGCAGAACUGCCACACUGCCUGCGCAGGCUCUUCACAGCCCUUUUAUCUCACAAACAAGCGAAAGGUAUCGCACUGGAGGGGAUGUUCCGGCUCCCCAAGCCUCCUGCAGCUGCGGCCUCAAACACCAGCGACCUACUAGUCAAGUUCCAAAAUGGCCAAGGUAAGGCAGCCAUCAUGAGAGGGAAGCUCGCAUUCCGCUUUGAGGAAAUGGACAUUAACUUCUACUCAGAUCUCUCCUGCCCAACCCUACAGUGGCAGAAGAAGCUACGACCCUUCACAUCCAUGUUAUCAACGAAAGGAAUCAAGUAUCGAUAGGGUCCAACACGCACGCUAAUUAUUCAGCACCAAAACACGGAGAUCAAGGUAGCGAGGCAUCUGAGAUAAAGGCAACCCUGACAACUCUAGGACUGAACAACGCCGACAGCUCUGUCCCGUUCAUCCCUUCAAAUCGGAACAUAUCCAGCCGUGCAACUUCUUGACUCUGGCAAUUAUAUAGUUUCUUUUGUAUAUUUUUACUUAAAUCCUUGUCUUUUCAUUUUAUGUGGCACAGGCACCUCACAGGGCUAGCCUCACGCUGAGGAACUGUAGACGCAGUAUAAGUUAUACCGUUCGUAUUGUAUUCCCCUCUGUUUGUUUGUUUUCUACACCACUUAAAUACCGUGCUACAUACCACGCCAUGCACCGACAGCAGGGAUGGGCCGUACCCAUCUCUACCAUCUCCCAGGCCUAAGCAGGCCGAAACCGGGAUCACCCGGAAACACUAGCUCCUUAAAGAACACCUAUCCCCCCAGCUCCGCGCUAGACCCACUUACACCCACUGAACCAUGUGGAGCUGUGCCCACUUAGCAUCCAGCCCGCCUUAGAUAUAAAUCACAAUCCCUCUAAUUUUCUGCUACCACACAGCCAUACAUGUCCCUGACACCUACACCAACUACAAUCACCGCUUGAGGCAUGAUCAUGGCGGUAACAAGCUACAUUACCAUAAACAAAAGGAACCGCAGCCAACAUCAAUACCCCACCAAUGUAUGCAAAUGGUUAAAACCAAUGUUAUGGUUCAUUGACUGUUACACGCAAUGUCUAUAUCAUGUUGACUGCAAAAAAUAAAGAAGAAUUUAAAAAAAUAAAAAUAAAAAAUUGUUUCAAAUGAGGUAUAAAUAAUUUUUAAAUUAUGAUGUGCAGAAUUUAUAAUUACAUUUUAAACACAGUUCUUCAUAAUAACCGGAAUUGUCAUUGCUUUUUAUUUUUUAAUUAUGUAAAAUUAUUAGUAUCGAACUCCUUCCAAGCUGGGGUUUGAUGGCAUUAGUUGGUUCAAUUAAUGUUAUGCUGAAUAAUUUUAUAUCCUUCAAACUUGAUUAAUACUAUUUUUGUUCAUAAAAUUGGAAUUAUGUUUGUUUAUGAGAAUAGGUAAGUAAAUUGCAAAGCUUAGACAUAAAUAGCCAAACUGAUACAUUUUCCAACCAUGUAUUUUGACAUAGUUUGCAGUUUCCUUGUUAGUGCUUAACAAUCCCCAGUUAUUAAAUAAAUCCCUUUUACGUCAAAAGUAUGUCUAGUUUCAGUAAGCAUAAGGUUCACCUAUAAACAAUGACAAAAAAUAUUACUCAAAAUGGAUCUGUUGUUCUUUGUUUCCAUUGUAGGUGGCGCUGGUGCUACGUAGACUGCAGGAACUACAGUCCCAAGACACCCCCACAAACAAAUUGGAAACAAAACGCCCAAGUCCCCGUCGGCCAGUUGGUGAACCACUGCUUCCACUUGAUGAAGAGGCAGUGGACAUGGAUUAUGGGGAGACUCCGCUGGACACUGGGCCGAACGAUGGGAAUGUUGAUCUAUCUUUCCGGCUGCAAACCAGCCCUGGGUCUGGGAUCCUGGUGAACUCCAGUGGGGCAGGAACCCCACGUAGAGCAAAGCAGGAUGGAGAAGUCCAUCGAAAGAUGAAACACAAGCUAACCUUCUCGGAGCCGGAGCGAGCAACCAGCGAACUUUCCAACAGCAGCUGGUCAGAGAUGUCUGUCUGGGUUAUUGGCACAAAUUAUUCUCUAUACCCCCUCACUCCAGCCAUUGAGCAGAGGUUAAUUCUUCAGUAUCUUACUCCUCUUGGAGAAUAUCAAGAGGUAAAUGUAUGUGGUGCCUAAGACACCAUUAUAAAUAACUUAAUAUUUCAGAAUUUUGCUCUUUAUUAUCCUUUUGGUUUAGAGCUUAAAGGGACACUCUACUGCCUAAAUAAAAAAAAUGUAUAAUGCAUAUUUUUUUUUUCACCUGGUGCAUAGCUAAAAACCGUUUGCAAAUGCCAAAGAUCUCUUCUCUGCAGCCUUUGCAAACCUCCCCCUUCUUCCUCCUCCCCCCAGACUUUCUGUGGCUGUCCACUCACAGACUCCCUAGUGCAGUUCAAUGAGAAAUCUUUGCAGAGCAAUUGCUGCCACUUCAAUUUAGCUCCACUGAGCUAAACUACCAGGAAGUAACAGUUCCUGUUCUCUAAGUAAUAGCCAGGGGGCGUAACAAGGUAAAUUUUAUAAAUAUGCCAAUUUCUAUUGAAAUCUACACUUUAUGUAAAAUGAAAAAGAGGAUGCACGCUUCACACAUAAAUCGCUACAAGCUUAAAGCGCUUUAGGGGUCUAGACAGUCCAUUUAAUAACACUAUUUUUUGGUUCUCCUGUCUUGUUUUCAGUUGCUGCCUACCUUCAUGCAGUUGGGUUCCUGGGAGUUGAUGAUGUACUACAUUGAUCUGAAACGUACAAAUGAUGUCCUCCUCACGUUUGAGGCGCUCAAGGUUUCCCUGCUUUUGCCUAUCUCUUAUACCACCUUUUCACAAAUGUUUGCUACUUUUCUCAAUAUUUUUUUCUUUCUAUAUUUAAACAGCACCUGGCCUCACUACUUCUUCACAACAAGUUUGCUGCAGAGUUUGUGGCUCACGGGGGUGUUCAGAAAUUGCUUGAAAUUCCUCGUCCCUCUAUGGCUGCCACCGGUGUGUCCAUGUGUCUUUACUACCUGUCUUACAACCAAGAUGCCAUGGAAAGGGUAAGUCCCACACCUAAUCUUAGCAUAGCUAGUGAGGAAAGAGAACAAAGAACUUUGAUCACAAUGUGUGCUGCUUUCACUCAGAAGUAGGCUUUAGUUCUAUAUUUGUAGGAAUACAGUGAAGUCUGUAAAGUACCUUUGGUAAAACUUGGAACUUUUAACAUUGGGUGGUGAUAUUCACUUAAAAAGAAGAAUCAGUCUGUGUGCAAUAUGCACAGAUCACUGUAUAACCAGCCAUAUAAACCCUUUUUUGUAAAAUGUUUCAAUUUUGGUUGUAAAAUGGCUCUCCAAGCAUCAUAAAAACUACAUUGAUAAGUUUAAUAGGUAGUAGAUUGCAUCCCCCCUCAAGUGGGGGAUACGCUACUUUUACCCCCAUUGCUAGGAUCUUCAUAAAGUUGACCUACCUCAUCAGCUCUCCAAAUUAUUUUAGAUUACCUUAGUACAAGAGGAAAGUAAAUGCAAGUUCAAACACGCUGAUAAAUGAUCUUAAAGGACCACUAUAGUGCCAGGAAACCAUACAGGCUCUGGAGAGAGGAAGGGGUUAAAAUCUUACCUUUCUCCAGCACCGGGCGGGGAGCUUUCCUCCUCCUCUCCUCCUUCCUAGCGACGUCAUCGGCUGAAUGCGUAUGCACAGCAGGAGCCGCGCGCGCAUUCAGCCAGUUCAUAUGAAAGCAUUUACAAUGCUUUUCUAUGGACGCUGGCGUCUUCUCACUGUGAUUUUCACAGUGAGAAGCACGCAAGCGCCUCUAGCGGCUCUCAAUGAGACAGCCACUAGAGGCUGGAUUAACCCUCAGUGUAAACAUAGCAGUUUCUCUGAAACUAUGUUUUAAAAAAAAAAAGGGGGGGGGGGGGGUUAACCCUAGCUGGACCAGGCACCCAGACCACUUCAUUAAGCUGAAGUGGUCUGGGUGCCUAUAGUGGUCCUUUAACAUUAAGUGCUUCCAUAGUUGCUAGCUCAUUAGACAGUUUUAUAAUCUAGUGAAUCAAGUAAAGUGCAGGAUUCAUAUCAACGUAAUGCUGGAUGUUGUUUGAGUCAUGCACUUUUCAAAGCCAGGUAUCAAACUCAUUGGUAAAGUGAAUGAGACCUAAAAAGCGCAAAGGAUGUACUCACAAAACAUGAGGAACAGAGUACAUAAAAUAAAAUCGUUGUAGGGAACUUCUGAUCUGUGUAGAUACUGCAAGCUGUGUAUGGUACCAUAGGGGGAAUCAUGGUAUGGGGCAUCACAAGGGUCAAGCCCUAGUAAGUUUGGUGAUCGUUAUGCUUGUAUGCUUUUGUGAGAUUGCACUCUUUUCUUUAGUGAACGAUCACCCAGGACUGAUCCUAUAUAUAGGUAUCUCCGUUUGCAGAAAUACUUAGUUGCUUAAAGAAACAAUAUACAUAAAAAUUGUAAUACCGAGAUCCGGAUAAAAUCUUCUAUGUUUUUUUUUUUUUUUUAUAUUAUAAAUUUAAAUUCAAAAAGCAUAUUAAGAUGCUAGUAGUAAAUAAUAAAAUCUAUAUAGAAUAAAAAACGACAGAGCCUUACUCCCCUAAACUGGGAAUUGUGAAGACGUGAUAAGGAAAUUGUACGUUGGAAGCAAAGACCCACAUUGGAAACAUUCUCCAACUCCAUUAUUUUUUUUUUUUUUUUUUUUUGUCUGAAUCCUGCAAUUUCCUUGUGAUUUCUCCAUAAAUCUCAAUUAAGUGGGAUAGCCCCCACCAUUUUCAGUAAGACUUGUAGACAUUUUAUGUGAUUGUUCCACUAUGUGUCUGAUGUGCCAAACACCAUAGAUUCCAGUAGACUGUUCCUGCUGUUCUCCAUUUUAUUUAUGCUCCCACCAUAUUUGUUCUCGCAGGUUACGGCACAUUAUUCAAUUCUACAUGUCAUAUUGUGUUUCCUUUUGUUCCUUAUAGGUGUGCAUGCACCCGCACAAGGUACUGAUGGAUGUUGUGAAUUAUACUCUUUGGCUCAUGGAGUGCUCACAUGCGUCUGGAUGCUGCCAUGCUACCAUGUUCUUCUCGAUCUCCUUCUCAUUCCGAGCUGUACUAGAGCUGUUUGACAGUCAGGAUGGAUUGAGGCGGCUGGUUAAUCUGGUGAGAUGGAUGAUAGAGAGCCUAGCUUGACGUUUCUUUUAGUUUUAGUUAUCAUGGUUUUUUUCUUUCUUUUUUUUUCCGCCCUCCCCUCUCGUCAAAGGAUUACAAGUGCAUGCUGUCUGAGCCUAUUAAACGAUCCAGUUGUGGGUGAUGGGGGGCCGCUAAAGUAUAAUGACCUAUAGGUGUUAUUCAGUCAGAAAGAGCAUUAAAAAGGGUUGGAGUACCCUGUAAAGUGUAUGUUGUGUUAAUUGGGAAGGUUUAGAAAAAAACUAAACAAAAUGGACUGUAAGCCAGUAAAUAGAAAUGUUUUGUUAUACAGGGCAAGUGCUGGAACAAGGUAAUGGAAGUUAUAAAUGCAUCAUGGGUAGUCUUUUGGUAGCUGAUUUGAAAUCUAGUAAAGCAACAUGGAGGCUACUGGUUGGUACUUUAGCAUAACUAUAUAAUCUAUAUAUUUAUUUUUAGUAACUAUAUAAUCACCUACUUUACUGUUGUCUUGUUCCUCUCACGUCCCUUCACAGAUCAGCACUCUGGAAAUCCUAAACCUAGAAGACCAGGGCGCCUUGCUAAGUGAUGACGAGAUAUUUGCAAGUCGACAGACGGGAAAACAUACAUGUAUGGCUCUUCGCAGAUAUUUUGAGGCACAUCUCGCCAUUAAAGUGGAACAAGUGAAGCAGUCACUGCAGCGCACUGAGGGGGGGCUUCCCAUACAUCCGCCACCUCCCUACAAGGUUAGAUUACUGAAACUCUACUGAUUGUGGCUCCGGUUUAUAACUGUAGCUUCCAUUUAUAAAUUGCUGUAUUGACUGCUGCUGAUUUUUUUUAAUUUUUUUUAAUUUUUUUUUAAUCCACAGUGGUUAUAAGUUACAUUUCAUAUCAUGAAUAUUAAUAUGUAAUUGGAAUACAAAUAAAUAUAGAUCUUUUACAAAAGUGGCGUAAGAGGUCUUAACCAUAGGACAAACAUUUUGUCCAUUCUGGAUUUCCCACUUUGGUUUCUGCCAUUAUACAGAGAUAUGGUUGACACCUGUCUAGGCACAUUGAGCAAGGGAUCUACAUUUGAAUUACCCAUUACAUGUAAGGGUGAGCAAACCCAAUGUAUACUGAAUGUACCUCUCACUAGAUCAGGGGUAGUCAACCUUUUUCUACCUACCCACUAAUGCAUCUUUCUUGAUGGAAACAUUUCCUUACCGCCCACCAGUUUUCGCGCAAGUGCAGAAUAUUUUUUAGAAAGGAUGGUGUUUGUUUUUUUUUUUUUUAAUAAAAAAAUGUAUGUACAUUUGUUUUUUUUAUUUCUACUUAAUGCAUGUUUAUAAUGUUUUUUAACUUUAUAAAGUUUAAUGAGAAAACAAUAAAGUAAAUUGAAAUUACCUUUACUAGUGAUUAAUGAGAUCCUUGAUGUUGAUGCUGCGAGACUAAAUAUUUGAUAUCUGGUUCGAUUUUCGUAAGGAACAAACGAAGGUCUCCUCUUUCGGUGAUAUGCAGACGAUUUCUCUGUUUGCUCAUAAUAUGAUUUCUCAUCUGUGUGUCAGUUCCCCUCCCCACCUUUUUUCCCCCUUUUUCCUAUUUUUUUAACCUUCCUUAUAGCAAUGCCCAGCAGGAAGGCUGAGCUAGAUAUCCCAUUUACUAUUACUAGCCAACAACAAUUCUCUCCUUUUCCUUUUUAUUUUCCUUAUUUCUCCUAUGCUACAAGUACUCUGCUCCUUCAUUCUCCUUUUUUACAAAUACUCUCCUCCUUUAUUUUAUCCCCCUUUUUUCUAUUUUUCUUCCCCUUUUUAAAUUUUUUUGAUCUUUUCCUUUUUAUCUCCUUUUUUAUGCUUUUCUUUUACCUUCCUUAGGGCAAUGUACAAAAGUAAGGCUGAUGUAUGGUAGUUAGGGGGGCUGUGAGGUGGGUAGGGGGGCUGUGAGGUGGGUAGGGGGGCUGUGAGGUGGGUAGGGGGACUGUAAAAAGGUAAAUAUCUUUCAGUGUCCUCUUGGUCCGGUGGGCAGCUUUCCAGCAACGUGUGGGGCUUGUGGGCGAGAGACGGGCUUCCGUUUGGGGGCGGGGCAUGCGGGCGAAAUGGUUUCAGACUGUGCAGGGAGACUGACAGGUCUCCUUUCGACCGCUGGCAGCCACACCAGCCCCCAGCUCCUCCCUCCUUACUCCCCUCGGACUGACAGGCUGGCAAAGUCCGAGGGGAGGAUUUAUCAGAAUGAUCAUUAGGGCUGUCAGCCCAGCCCAAGCUGGGCCAGUCUGGCCCUGCCACCCACUCUCUCAAACAGCCACUGAAAUCCCUACCGCCCACCUGGAAUCCUGAAACGCCCACUAGUGGGCGGUAGGGACCAGGUUGACGACCCAUGUCCUAGUGGAUGUUGCAAACUGGGCUUUAACAAGAUUGUGGCAGGGUUUUAAAAAAAAUACACACACAAAAACUACCUCAGUACAAAAUUUCAGCUGGUAGUCCUAGGCUUGCAGUCUGAGCUUUUAAGGGAAUGCUGAAGAUCUGUAGUCCAGUAGCACAGAUUACUUUUCCUCGUUUACGCUCACAUUUGUUGUAGGUCUGAGCAUUCUAGGAUAUAGUCUCUUAUCCCUGUAUUAGUGUGCACAAAUAGUGAGUAGGAAAUAGAUCAGUGCUAAUGAGGAUGUCUCUCUAGAUUAGGUGUAAUAUUAUGUGAUUUCAAAACUCCCAUUUGGGGUAAAAUUGUUUACAACUUUGAGGAACACUACCAUUCCACUUCAUCAUGUAAGAUGCAGAGUCGCAAGGAUGGUACUGUCCAUUGCUAUGACUGUCAUCUAGUCGUAUGCGCUUUUAUGUUAGCAGUAAAAUGUAAAUACAAUUUCUCUGGUUUAAAGGAACACAGCAUAGGGUCAGUGACACAAACAAUGUCCCUGACCAUAUAGUAUUAAAACCACCAUCUGGCCCCCCUUUUAACCCUAAAUAUAGUAAAAUCUUACUUUUAUAUCAGGUUGUGCUGGCUCUACCCCUGCUCUGUCUGCUUGGCUGACACAAUCAGAAGUGGUGAUCUCACAUAGGAAACAUUGGGUUGGCUGAGCUUGUCAAGGAGGCAUAUCAGGGGCAGAGCCAGCACAAGCCAAACACAGCCCUGGCUAAUCAGCUUCUCCUCAUAGAGAUGCAUUGAAUCACUGCCCCAGAAAGCACCUCUAGUAGCCAUAUGAGUGACUAGGCUGUAAUGUAAACACUGAAUUUCUCUGAAAACAGUGUUUACUGCAAAAAGCUUGAAGGGAAUGAUUCUACUCAUCAGAACAAAUUCAACUAGAAAAGCUACAAUUCCUGGGGAAAUUGUGUGAAGUGUUCUUGCCUCCACCAGUAGUCUACAACUGGAGUGGGCGGAGUAACUGUUAUCAUUUAUAUAGCACAUUCAAUUGCAACGUUGUUGCACAGUUACAUUAAACCAUACAUUUAUAAAAACAUUAGCAGGUGUUCAAAAGGCCCUGUCUAUGACAUCACUUGCUGCUGCAGCCUUGACAGGUCAGAGUAUUUUGGCGGUUGCCAUCUUCAAACGGUCAUAUUUUAAAAACUAUAAAUCCUACAGCGAAGAGCUUUAUAUUGUGAGAAUCACAAGACCCAGACCUACAUUUUGAUGCAUAGUAUGUCUCUGAAGUAUUAAAAUUGAAGGCACAGUCGCAGUUUAGAAAUUGCACUUCAAAUUUGAGCUUUGCAGAGUGAAGUUUCAAUGAAUGUCAAUGGACGGCGUUAGUUGCAAACAAAUGAUUAUAUUGUGAAAACUAUCAGGACUAUGGCUUAGCCGUUGACAUGUUUAGUGGCAGCAGGGAUAGCUGAACGUUUUGAUAUAAGAUUUGUGUAGGUGGGCCUGAAAAUAAGGGAGUGGUGGCAGUUUAGAAAUCAUGUCCUGAUUUUUCAGCUUUUGCCAGCUCCCACUCUAGCUUUGCCAUUCAUUCCUAUGGGACAAAUUUCGCCACAAGAACGACGAUAUUCCGUGAACCAUUCGGCGAAACGUUCCACAAAGUAAUAGCAAUCCGAUCGGGAACAAUCUGCACGUUUUGGUAAAUUUUUGUCUAUGUAGUGUAAAAACUGUGGGAGGAGUUAGGGUGGCAAAUUUUGCUAUAAUAAUAAUAAUAAUAUAUAUGUGAGAUAACAUUAAGUGGUCUUGCUAUGUAAGAACACUUAAUAAUAUAUAUGUGAGAACAUUAAGUGGUCUUGCUAGGCAAGAACACUUAAUAAUAAUAUAUAUGUGAGAUAACAAUAAGUGUUCUUGCAAGAACACUUAAUAAUAUAUAUUGCUAUGCAAGAACACUUAAUAAGCUGUAGUUGUUCUGGUGACUAUAGUUUCCCUUUAAGUAAAUUUGUCAAGUGUGUGUGUAUAUAUGUGUGUGUGUGUGUGUGUGUGUGUGUGUGUGUGUGUGUGUGUGUGUGUGUGUGUGUGUGUAUGUAUGUAUAUGUGUGUAUAUAUAUAUAUAUAUAUAAUGUGUAUGUAUGUAUGUAUGUAUAUUCGCUUUCCUGACAUUAAAUAUUGGAGUUUGCAAGUCAUGUUAAUGCCUGCCUCUGUGUCUGUUAAAGGCCUGCACAUACACGAGAGAGCAGAUCGUGGAGAUGAUGGAGUAUCUGAUUGAGUUUGGGCCAUCUCAGCUGUAUUGGGAGCCUGCUGAAGUCUUUCUGAAGCUCUCCUGUGUUCAGCUGCUACUGCAGCUCAUCUCCAUUGCCUGCAGCUGGAAGACUUAUUAUGCCAGGUGAGAAUGGAAAUAUAUGCAAAGCCCUGGAGAGAAGUCAAAACAGUCAUGUCUGGCUAUGUAACAAGAGCACUCUAUCAAUACAAGUCUCUAUAUUUAGCCUUAAAGUGACAACUGAAAUUUCCUUUAUGCUAUUCUAUUGUACUUUAAGAUCGACUCAGCAGCACUUUACAUAUGAAUGGCUGUUUCAUGCAUUUUUCAUCUUGCAUUUGUGUGUCAUGCUGUGCUUGUCAUUAGACCUCAAUUCCCUCUAGAAUUUAAAAAUGUUACUUCUGUACCCAGGAAUGAUACAGUUCGUUAUGCUUUGGAUAUUCUUGCUAUCUUGACUGUGGUUCCAAAGAUUCAGCUUCAGUUGGCAGAACCAGUGGAUGUUUUGGAUGAGGCCGGUUCCACAGUCUCCACCGUAGGUAGGAAAGGAUUUUUCAUACAAUUUUCAAACUUUACCUUUUUCAGUAUCCUUACGUCUCCCUGACCUGCUUUAACACUGCCUUUUCAACCCACAGUUAUCCUUCUGUUCACUCUCCAUUUGUGUUUCCUUACCUCAGGUAUAAGCAUUGUGCUGGGUGUGGCAGAAGGUGAAUUCUUCACUCACGAUGCUGAAAUCCAAAAGUCUGCUUUACAGAUAAUCAUUAACUGCGUAUGUGCCCCUGAGUCCCGCAUCUCCAGUAUUGGCAAGUAUGUCUCUGGGACACCUCGUCGGCGCACUCCAGUUGUCCCGUCGUUCCACCAACAAGGCCGAGGAAGUGCUGGGGAGCCUACGCUUGCCAAGAUGUGGAAUGUUGUCCAGUCUAACAAUGGCAUUAAAGUUCUUUUGUCUCUGCUGUCUGUUAAAAUGCCCAUUACAGAUGCUGACCAGAUUCGCGCUUUGGCAUGCAAGGCACUGGUUGGUUUGAGCCGGAGCAGCUCCGUGAGGCAGAUCAUCAGUAAGCUGCCCCUUUUCAGCAGUAGCCAGAUACAGCAGCUAAUGAAGGAACCAAUACUCCAAGACAAGCGCAGCGAACAUGUGCGCUUCUGUAAGUUUGCCGCGGAGCUCAUUGAGAGAGUAUCAGGGAAACCAUUGCUGAUGGGAAGUGAUGUAUCCUUGGCACGAUUACAAAAGGCAGAUGUGGUUGCUCAGUCUCGUAUCUCUUUCCCAGAAAAAGAGUUGCUUCUGCUUAUACGCAAUCAUCUGGUCGCCAAGGGCCUUCAUGAAACGGCCACUGCACUUACCCGCGAAGCUGACCUUCCCAUGACUGCUGCUUCCCACACCACUUCUUUUCUGCCAGCCGUCACCACUCAGCCACCCUCUACCUCUUCACCGGUUGCGCUUCCACGCACACCACGCAUUCCUGCCCGUCUCUCUGGCACUGCCUUGUGCCCUCAUCCCCCCACCAGACCUCAGUUGCCACCUCCACUGGCUUCCCCUGCCCCUGUUCCCUCAGGCUCUCCACUCAUUGGGCGCAUCAGCUUUGUACGAGAGAGACAGUCACCCUGCAAUGGCAAGCGAGCCCGUGUAUUGAGGCAGAAGUCAGACCAUGGUGCCUAUAGCCAAAGCCCGGCAUUCAGGAAGCAGUUGGAGCGGCAUGCCCCUUCUCCACCUACACUGGACAGUAUCAUGACUGAAUAUCUGCGGGAACAGCAUGCCCGCUGCAAGAACCCAGUUGCCAUAUGCCCACCUUUUUCACUCUUCACCCCUCACCAGUGCCCUGAGCCCAAGCAACGUAGGCAAGCACCUACUAACUGCACAUCCCGACUUACUCGCCGUGCUGCCUUCCCCAAAUAUGGUGGGGUGGAUGGGGGCUGCUUUGACAGACAUCUUAUCUUCAGCAGGUGAGGUGUGACGCACUGAGCAAGUAUGUUAUGUUUUACACAAAAAAGGCAAUAGUUAACUGGUAUCCUCUUUUUCUCCUCAGGUUCCGUCCGUUAUCUGUGUUCCGUGAGGCCAAUGAGGAUGAGAGCGGCUUUACGUGUUGUGCAUUUUCUGCCAGGGAACGAUUCUUAAUGCUGGGUACAUGCACAGGACAGCUUAAACUGUAUAAUGUGUUCAGCGGGCAGGAGGAGGCUAGUUACAAUUGCCACAAUUCUGCUAUAACACACCUUGAGCCAUCCCGGGUAAGAAAUUGUUUGGCAGCUUUCCUAAAUUAACUGUAUGGCACUUAUGUACUCCUGAUAGAGCUGACCACUAUUGGUUUUAUUUUCUUUGUGCUCUUCGUUAUACCAUGUCUAAUUCUAACUUCUGGUGCUUCUCCUUGGAUGUGUUUUAUAAGCCUUUAACUCACUGCUGUCAUGUUUGUUCCUAUGUAAUUUUUUUUCUUUAUUCAUCCCUUUGUUGUUUUCUACCCUUUCUCAGGAUGGGUCUCUCCUCCUUACUGCAGCCACAUGGAGUCAGCCUCUCUCUGCUCUUUGGGGCAUGAAAUCUAUCUUCGAUCUGAAGUAAGUUUAAGCUUCUGGGGCAAUUAAAGUGGUGGUUGAAAUAAUAAGGUUCCCUUUCGGUAUUUUCAUGGCUCACUAUACAUUUGUUUAUUGGCAGGCAUUCAUUCAAUGAGGAUCAUUACGUGGAGUUUAGUAAGCUCUCACAGGAUCGGGUAAUAGGCACAAAAGAGGAUAUUGCUCAUGUGAGUAAACCUGCAAAUAUGGGAUUGUUGAAAAAUAAACUCUUCUUUCAUAAAGCUGCAUUUUACCAAGGUUUUUUAAGGUGGGGAAAAAAAACUAAAGAAAAAAAUCUAUUGCUUUUGUACUGCAACAUUGGCAUAACAAUCGACUCCUGAAAGAUAUGCUUUAAACACCUUACGUCAGGUGUGCUAGAGACACUGCCCACUAGGCUUAUGCGUCCAACAUGCAGAUCACCAUUGCAUGGGAACUUUAUUUUUGUAUUCACUAUGGCUUGUUCUGUCAGCUUUGCUUUCUGUCCAGAAGUACCACUCCCCAAAACUGCUGUUGCGGAUCAAAUAAUUAUAAUUCCCCUGCCUCCUGAGUGGAUUGCAAGAGGACUGAGCAUUUCUCUGCUUAGUACUUUCUUGUGCUCUUUGUGGCUUGAGAUGGAUAACAGAGUGAUGACAGCCCUACAUCAUCCCUCUUACAGCCUCUGCUGCACAGCGCAAGUACAGGAAGAGAUGAUGCAGAGACACAUGAAGAGAGACAGGCACAAGAGGGAAUGAAGACCUAACAAGGAAAAGACCUAAGGGGAGUGCAGAAACACAGUUAGAGAAAACCUACGAGGGGAUGAAGAGAUACAGGGAGAAACAGACCUAAGAGUAAGAUGGAAAGACUCUGGGUUAUUUACAGGGCUAUAGAUGAACCAGAAAACGAGUUUACUGUGUGCAUGCAAUACACAUUAAUAUUUUUUUAUUGGCUGUCUCAUAGCUUUCCAAGAGAAUUAGUGCUUUUAAAGCAUUAGCUUGCAUAGGGAUUUAGUCUUAUCUUUCAAUAAAUAAAAUCAUGGUCUGUGGAUUCACAUAUCCCUAUACAUCUUGAGGAGUGUGGGAUACGUAUUAAACAAUAGAACAUAUGUUUGUCACCUCCAGUGCGGGAAGAAUAAAGUUGUACAGGGGAAUGCUUUUUGAAGGAACACUCCAGAGCACCAUAACCACUAAAAUCUAGUGGUUAUGAUUCGGGAGUGCCCUGGCACAUUUCCACAGUAAGAUGUCGCACUGUUUUUAGCAAGAUUUAUCAACUUGACGAAGUACUGCCUGGUGCCCAUGCUGCAUUCAGUCUUCUCCAGAUAUCCGGAUGUCUUUGUAAGCCUGGCCUAAGCAGGUCAUGCUUGUUUGCUAAGAAUGCUCAGCUGACACUCGCAGCCCGUGAGUGUCAUCCUGCCCUGUUGUGUUUUCCAGCCGGAGUAGCAGAUUGCUCUAUAGAACAUUGGAUGUAGUGGAUGCUACCUUGGUUGUCUGAUGGAACCCAGGUAAGUUUUCAAAUAGAUGACCUCUUUCUGUGGGCUGGCACCAGGGCACACCUGGCACCAUUACCACUACACUGAGAAGUCUCAGUUUUUGUGCCUGGAAUGUUCCUUUUAAAGAGAUUUUAUGCGGGGCAAGUUUAGUGACAUGAAAAUUAAUUCAAUUUUACAACUGUAACAAAUCAUCUAAUUUUGUUUUUUUGUGUUGUUUUUUUUUUUUUCUUUGUCAUUUAGCUUUAUGAUCUUCAAUCAGGAAAGAAGUUUUUAACCUUGUACAACCCUGAUUUGGCGAAUAACUACAAGCGCAACUGUGCCACCUUCAACCCCACAGAUGAUCUUGUACUGAAUGAUGGAGUCUUAUGGGACGUGCGCUCUGCUCAAGCCAUCCACAAGUUUGACAAGUUCAACAUGAAUAUCAGCGGUGUCUUUCACCCAAACGGACUUGAAGUUAUCGUGAAUACUGAGAUUGUAUCCUGCCUGACUCACAGAAGAAUCUCUAAUCAUUUUAUAGUGUGCUAUCAUUUGUGCAUAGGGUUAAUCAAAUUGCUACCAAGUGUAUCAAUAACAUUUAGUUUAGUAUUGAAGACUUUACUUGUGGCACAAACGUAUAAAUGUCGGCUAAGCUAUUUAGUAAGAUACAUGUGACUCUAUCCUAGAAUACAAUGCAGAGCAGCAUUUAGACUUACAGUGAGAUUUUCUAUCCUGGUGGUUGGAUUACUGUUCUUGCAGCUCCCGCCAAUUAUAUUUUAUCCUGGUAGCCAAAUAAUCUUGUAUGUGUUGAAGGUCUCUUUAUGUUCUGUUGCAUUGACUCUGUUUUCCCUGUCAGCCUAUAAAUCCUCUUUAAAAAAAUAAAUAAAUAAAUAAAAUAUAUAUAUAUAUAUAUAUAUAUAUAUAUAUAUAUACAUACAUACAUAUACACACACACAUAUAUAUAGACUAUAUAAUUUCCUUAACCGUUCUUUAGUGGGACCUCCGUACCUUUCAUCUUCUACACACUGUGCCUGCUCUAGACCAGUGUCGUUUGGUCUUUAAUUACACGGGAACAGUCAUGUAUGGAGGUAUGAAUGUUUUAUUUAUUUUUUACUUCUUAGAUCCAUGUAGUUAUUGCACUUUGUUUGCAGCCCUACAUAUUCAUAUUUCUGUAUUGGUACCACUGUAGAUCGUGGUCUUGUUUUGUGCUUAUUUAACUGCCUACCUUCUGAAUGUAUCUUGUUGUUUGACCUUUUUUUUUUUUUCUUCAGCCAUGCUGCAGGCAGAUGAUGAAGAUGACCUUCUAGAAGAAAGAAUGAAGAGCCCGUUUGGUUCUUCAUUCCGGACAUUUAAUGCGACAGAUUAUAAACCAAUAGGUGAUCAUCGGAAGUCAUGGGAUGGUUGGGUUGGAAAACAUGGAGAAUGGUUUAGGCCUCUUUGUUUAAUGCUUUUUAUACUGUGAGCACCUAUCCUAGUCCAUACUAUUAUGAUCCGUUCUAUACAAGAUUUUUUGGGGGGGUUAUAAUUUGCCGUAGUGCUUGACUGUACAAUUUAGUGAAUGUCCUGUCUUCUUUCAGCUACCAUUGACGUGAAACGCAAUAUAUUUGAUUUGUGCACAGACUCAAAGGAUUGCUACCUGGCUGUAAUUGAGGUGAGAGCUGGUAGGAACUUGGUGUUUCAGUGGAAAAAUUACUUUAAGAACCUAAGGGCAUAAAUUAAUACCAAUGGAAGUGUGGAGUAUUACAUUUUUGUACAGAUAUGUGAUUAUUUGCAUUGUUGUGUGGGGGCAUGAUAUUUGCUCUACAUUCUUCCUGAGUUUUGUAGUCAGUAGUCUAAGAUUAUGUUGUACCUUUUUUAGAAUCAAGGUACAAUGGAUGCCCUUAAUAUGGAUACUGUGUGCCGUCUGUAUGAAGUAGGGAGACAGCGACUGGCAGAGGAUGAGGAUGAAGAAGAUCAGGUGAGCUUGCACUUCAAAGUCUAGAACGAAUGGACAGAAGGGAAAACAGGUCUUUUGUUUUCAAACUUACAUUGGACUUUUCAAUUAAAGGAAGAAGAGGAGCAGGAUGAGGAUGAUGACGACGAUGAUGAUGACUCUGACGAAUUUGGACCUCUCUUGGAUGCUUUGGACGAGGAAGAAGAAGCUGGUGAGCAGGCCGGGGAAGAUGGAGAGAAUGACUUCUCACCUUCUGAUGAUGAAGAAUUGGCAAAUUUACUGGAAGAUGAAGAUGAUGAGGGUGACGAUGGAGAUGAGGAAGGCCAUGAUGAUGAUGAUUCUGACAUUGACCCAGAGGUGGAGCUUAUACUGGGAGACUGUGAGUAAUAUCAAAUCAUUCGAAUAGCUGAAUUCCGUAUUUGUGUGUGUUAUGGCAUCUCUGCUGCUUGAAUAUUUCUUGAUCUAGGUUUUCCAUAAAUCUGGUGUUUUCCACUAGACAGAUUUAAUCAUUAAGCAACAAAUUGAUAAAAUAACAGCUGUAAAAACAUCUCAAUUUGAGAUUUUUCUGUAUUCUCAUAUUUUGCCAUGUGUUGCUGUUUUGUGAAUAAGUCACAAAAUGUCUGGGUAUACAAUGCUUAUGAGUUUGAAUAAUGCUGAGAUUUAUAUCUUUUUUUGUUUUCUGUUUUAGCCUAAAUAGCAAAACUGUGGAAGUUCUCAAACUUGUAUUGUUAUUAUGGCUUAAAACAUGCAAUUCUACACAGUUUCCAGUUUGGCUUACUUGUCUAUCGAUUAGAUGUAAAAUGGUUUUACAUUGAAUAAUUGUACCGUUAUUUCCUCCCCAAUUAUCAUUCUUCAACGAUUUCUAACUUUCACACUAAUAAUGGAAAUUCCCUCCUAAUUAUUGGGCAGACAAAGCUCUUCAGCAACUUCCAGUCUUCUGUUACGUAACUUACUUUCAUUCAAAUAGUCUGUUGAUGCACUGACUGGGGUAUGUGUGCAGCUAAAGAAAAGUAUAAAAUAGUUACCUCUGCUUCUUUUCCAUUAGAUUAGAGCAGAAAUCUUCAAAAUGAAUCUACUCCCCAUGGUUCUUCAUGCAUGCUCAUAUUGUCUCGGACUAAAUACAGGAAAUAAUAGAACAUGUUGAAUUUAGAUCAGAUGAAAGGGUAUGCCAGCACCGUUACAUCAGAUUCACAUUUUAAAAGGGUAUAAAUACUUCCUAAAUUACAUGAUUUAAGAAGUUUCUGGUGUAACCUGACUGAUACUCAGAAAACCCAUGGAUAGGCUCUUUCCUGUAACACUUUAUAUUUUGGGAUUAGUGAUUCAGCAGAUACUAGUUUGCUAAUGGCAAUUAAAGAGAUGGGUAAUUGGUGUAUAUUCAUAUUUAAGAAGUGCUAUUGUUUUAAUCUCUUAUAUUUUUUCCCCCCCACAGCUGACAGUUCAGAUAACUCUGACCUGGAAGAUGAUAUAAUCCUAGCACUGAAUGAAUGAUAAUUUGAGGGUCUUCAAUAAUUAUACACAAGGCAUUUUCCUUCCCGGAGAAGCAGAGCACACAUCAGCCUUGUGUGAUUGAAUGGCAGGCAUUAGGAAGUGGACUCGUCAUACUUUGGAGGGUGAAUAACCCUUUAAAUAAACAUGUUGACUUUUUUCACUGUGGCUUUUCUCCCACAAAAUGCUCCUUCCUUGAUCUCUCGACUCCUAAGAUCCUUCAACCUUUCAAAUGGACAUUUUUUUUCGGGUAAAAAACAAAACAAAAAACUCUUAAUUAGUUUUAUAUAAAAAUUUAAAAAAGACCAAAAACACUUGCAUCCAAAUCCACCAUCUCCUCCUGUGGGGUGAAACAAAAUCAAUCUCCCGCUUUUUUUUUUUUUUUUAAAUGACACGUUUUGUGUGUUCAAUUUUUUUUUUUUUUUACACAGAAGAAUUUAAGACGGGAGAGUUAUUUUCUUCUCUUAACUUUGGUCAGCAAAGUAUUUUUUAUGAUAUAAAUUGUAAUAUAUUCCAUAGGAAAUUGUGUAUUUUUUGUUCCUUUAAAGCUUGUAUAUGAGAGGGUAUUAAUCAGAGAACCAGCUUUGUACAUGGAAAGGAAGACGAGCCAAUCUCUAGCUGGUUUUCUCAGUGAUUUUAUCUAUUCCAUCCAAGCUUCUGAGAGGAGGUUCCUGUAUCACCUCUUUUUAAGACAGACCUGUAUAAGUUAGAUGUUAGAGCAAUCAGAUGGGUAUCAUGACUUCAGCACACAAAUGCCAAAGUAGGGAAGUUGUGUUACCAUCACUCAUGAAUUUAGUAGAUCUGUUUUUGGAUGUAAAGCAAAUGUCAUUUUUCUUUGUGUGUGUGUGUGUGUAUAAACUUUAUGACCUGUGCUUACCCCUUGAUAGCCAGUUUAUGCACGAACAUUGCCAUAUUUUUAGAAUUGAGCAGUAUUGAUUUGUGUUAAAACAUGGAAUAAAUUGAGCUACAGAUCUGGUUUGUAAAACGCUAACAGGGCAUCCAGCAUUAGCACCUGUGGGGUUUGAAGAAUCUUGAGAUGUGUCAUACCAAUGGAUUUUCAGACACAUUGUCAUUAACAUAUCACCCUCCACUCUUUUCAGCCCUCCCCCCACCCCUCAGCCAUCUUUAAUUCCUGGUCCUUUCCCAAACUUGUUCUCCUUAGUAGGACAAAUCAAGAGAAGCAUUGUUUCCUUUUUGUUUCAUGUAAAGUGUAUUUAUUUAAAAAAUAAAAUGAAAAGGUCACUGUGGGUCUGUCUUUAUUCUGUAGCAAUUGCAGAAAAAGUCACAACUGGACCCUGCGCCGCACAUACUUUCAGCCCGUUCACUCUCUCUGUUCUGGCUUUUUUAGCAAUGCAGUAAAUCUGGAGCCAACAUUUCCUGUGCACUUUAAACAUGGAAGAUCACGUAAAACUUUUUUUUUUUUCCAGCCAGGAAACCUUUAUGAAAGAUGCAUGAAAAUUUUAACUUUUUACACCAUCGUUCUGCCCAUAGACUGUAAUUUAAACAUAUUCAUAUUACAAACUCUUUGGAUCUUGACAAGUACAUAUUAAAUGCAUUGUGUUCACAUUCUUCUAGGGUGGGGGUACCUAAAAAGUUAGAUCCCUCAGAUGUUGUAGAACUACAACUCCCACAAUGAUUUGCAUGCCUUUAUAAUAACAAAGCAUCAUGGAAGCUGUAGUUUAAAAAUAUCUCUGGAUCUACCUUUUAGGCAUCCCUGUUCUAGAAUGUAAGAUACAGUGUAUGUAUAGUUUUUGAUUCAGGCCAUUUCUCUUUAACAAACUUCCUGAAUUACAUCACAAGGCAGACAAUGAAGUCACAGCUAACAUUGUAAUCCCUUUAAGACGGCUAACAUAACAUAUAUGCCAUCAUGAAGUGCCCAGCUUAGGUAGCAUUGACAACACAGUCUUAUCAAGUCUUUAAAGGCCAGAUUUUUGUUUUGACAGACAAUUAUUGGUUCUUAACACACUGAGAUUUAUGCUCGAAGGGGAUAACCUUAAAAUAUAAUAUGGUUUGCUUGUUUCAUUAUCAACCACCUUUGUGUUGCCUGUUUUUAUUUUUGCACACAGUGUCAUUUGAAUUAAAUAACUUUAAUACAAAAGAACAUAAUACACAAGGUUAUUCAUCAAACAAUUGUCAAAAGUUCACAAGAGAAUUGUAAACUUUAGGCAAACAUAGCCAAGUAACAGAAUUUGAUUUUCAGUUUUCCAUUAUUCUUACUCUAGUUUAGUGAAUAACCAACAAAGAAUUUCAAUGUAUCAAACUACACAAGAGGUUUGUCACCAGGAUGUGCACCUUCUAUCCCUUUUGAAUGUGGAGUAACUCUGCUGGUCGUGGAUGAUUUAGGGAAAUUUACAUAAAACAUAGUUUCAAAGCCUUUAAGGCACUAAAGUAAUGUCUCUGGACGUGGAUUAGUUUGCCAAGUAAAUGCUAUGUGAUCACCAGAGGAAAGUUAGACUGGGAGGGGGCUAAAUUGAUUUGAAUGCUCUGUGUAAAAUAUAAAUGCAGAAUUAAAAAAAAACAAAAAAAAAACUUUUCAUUAAAGGGAAAAGCCGCUGCUCAAUACCCACAGUAAAAAUGUGCAUGCAUUUAAGUAUGCAUUUUAUCAGUGGGAGUACAGCUAAAACCAGUUUGGAAAAAAAACCUGCAGAUCUCUAGUCUGCAACUUCUGCAGUCCCUCCCAUUCUUUACCAGUCUGGACUUUCCAUGGCUAUCCAAUCACAGACUUCCCAAUGCAGCUCAAUGAAAAGUCUUUGCAAGACAGGUGCUCUCUGGGCAAUUGCUGCCUCUUGUGUUUAGCUCCACUGAGCUACACAAGCCAGGAUGUAACAGGACUAGUUAUCUGACCGCCCGUGUCAACGUUAAUUUAUUAAAAAAAAAAAAUGCUAUUUUUUAAUUGAAAUCUGCAGUUUAUCAAAUGAAAAGGACACAAAAGCAAUCCAACAAACUGAUUUAGGGGUCUAGGGUGUCACUUAAGCUUUCACAAAAAAAAAAAAAAUUACAGUGCCACUUUAUCAGUAAAUAGGCUAUUUAUAAGAAUGUUACAGUGUGCUUUGUUAUGACUUAACAUUACACUUUAAAGCCCAGUUAUGUGGACUGUUUAAAUUAUUUGUAUAAUGUCAAAGGUAAACAUUUCAACUUUGAUAUGAACCUAUCUUACAAGUCCACACUGAGUGAUGUCAUUUUCUGCAUGAGACUCUGGGACCAGCUACUAUUCUGCAUCUGAAGUUUUCAAAGUUACUACCUAACCAUAAACAGAUUGAUCCGGUGCAAGAAUAAAACAGGCAAACCAUUUACUACUAUAAUGGGUUGUUCCUUAAUAAAGUGCACAAUUCAGGGAAGGACUGUUUCAAACCAGUGAACAAAACAUUUGUGAAGCUCGUAAAAGGAAAUGCAUAUUUCGCAAAGAAUUGCUCUGGAAAUUUAACGUAUACAGAAAAAGGUCUACCAGCCUGUGUUUGUUCAUCACAAGGAAAAUGAGACUAGUAUGAUCAAAAUUAGGAGGUUGAAGUUCUAUUUUUAAAAGCCCCUGCAAACGAGUUUGAGGCCUGUUAAUUCUGUCAUUUUCUCUUGAAGACAUUUGUGCAAUGAAAAUGCUAUUGCUUUUUUCUUCUUCCUUUUAAUCAUUUACCACUGUUUAGACAAAAUGUGGGUUCAAACUCACCUCACAGUAACUAAACUAGUGUGUAAGCUAUGCAAAUAUAUGUAUAAACUGACCAGCAAAGAUUAAUCAAUGUAACCUUACUGAAAUGAAAAUAAAGGGGAUAAUUCUAACUUCUUGCCAGGACAUGUGGCCUUAAAGUGCACAUGCCAUAGAUUUGAGUUUAUACAGCCAGAUGGUUUGCAAUUGUAUUGAAUAAAGUUCAGUCUUAUAUUAUAAUUAAGCCUACAUCUCUGUGCCUGAAACAGAGGUCUAAAUUAUAAACAUGGCAGAUCCCUUUCUAAAUUCCACAGAAUAAAAAUAUAUAAUCUAUACCUAUACUAUUUCACUAGCACAAUAAAUAAGUUACACUUUUAGGGUUAUUUACGAAUUCAAAGUCAAUUGGUUAUUUCUAUUCUGUUUUCAGUUUGUCUAUUUUAGCCUUAAGCGGUCACUCGGCUGUGCUACGUCUUCCCCUCCAAAAAUAAAAAAAAACAACCAUCACUGUUCACAAUGAAAACAUGCAUGUAUUUAAAGGGACAAUAUAGUCUCCAGAAUAAAUGCAGCUUAAUUUAGUUGUUCUGGUGGCUAGAGAAUGUCCCUGCAAGUUUUUUAAUGUAAACAUUACCUUUUCAGAGAAAAGGCCAUAUUUAAAUUACUGCCUAGUAACACCUCUAUUGGCUAUCACCCAGAGGCCACCAGAGGUGCUUCCUGGGUCACAGCACUGGUGUUCAGCAUCUCCACUCUCUGCAUGGAGACACUGAAUGCUCCCUGUAGAGAUGCUCUAAUUCAGUGCAUCUCUAUAAGGGGAUGCUGAGAGGCGCAGCAUUCCCUUAUAGAUGCGCAAGAGUCUUUCUAUGGGAAACCAUUGGAUUGGCUAAGAUGAUCAAAAUUGAUGACCUCAGCCAUGGAGUCGAGAAAAAGCAAGCUGAGGAGAGCCUGGUGCAGCCCAGUAAAAACAAGGUGAUUAAAGACAUUUUUAAAAGGAAAGAAGGGGCCAGUCAUCUAAAUGAGAAAUAUUUACAAGACAGGUGCAAUUCCUGCCUCUUGAGUUUAGCUCCAAUGAGCUAAACAACCAGGAAGUAAAAGGGCUGAUUGACAGCCAGGGGGUUUAACAAGGAUAAUUUUAUAAAAGUGCAAAUUUCUAUUGAUAUCUGCACUUUUUGUAAUAUGAAAAGUGAGGACACUCUUCACAUAUAAAGCACUUCAGCAAACUAAAGUGCUUUAGGCGUCCAGAGUGUCAUUUUAAAAUUUGGAAUACACUUUCAAUUCUGGGCAAUAAUCACUUUAGUAAAUAACCCUGUUUGCAAUUCAUCUGAAACAGGUUUCAACUUUAACCUGCAGAAUUCUGUGUGUAAUCCAUGUAAGAGAAUAAAUCUUUGGUAUCCCUGUGCCUAUUUUAGCAUUUUUACACAAUUCAAAUUUUAAAAAGGUGCAUUUGGGAUGCAAGUUUCACAAAUAUGUCCCCAAAUAACUGAUACAUGCAGUGCAUAUGUUUUACAAACAUGUUUUCCUUUACAUGUACUUUUACAAGGAUUUGUAACCAUUUCAAUUUAUUUCCUAUUUGUUUGUAUCACGGGACUGUAUUACUGCUUCUAAGCACAAGACAUAUCUAUUUGUCAUUUUUUAUAGAGGCAUGGUAGAUGUUCUUCUGCACACCAGUGUAUUUUAUGUAGAUAGAUAUAUAUAUAUAU